AUGAGCGACAAGAUCUCCUCUUGGAAUGUUGUCCACAAGCUGGAGAAGCGAGGGCUUCUCGUAGCCAUCAACUGUGUUGCAGCGCUAUCAAUUCUAUUCUUUGGUUAUGACCAGGGAAUGAUGUCUGGGGUCAACAACUCCAAGAACUAUAUCGAUCUAAUGGGGUUCGGCUACACCGAGAUGGUGGAAGGAGAACCAACACCGGUGGUCACCAAUUCUUUGCUGCAGGGUGGUAUUGUGGCGGUUUAUUAUCUGGGAACUCUAUUCGGCGGUCUUUUCGGCGGCUGGCUGGGUGAUCGCAUGGGCAGAAUCAAGACCAUCGCUGCUGGGGCAAUUUGGGCGAUCCUAGGUGCGAGUCUGCAGUGCUCGGCCCAAAACCACAAUUGGAUGAUUUGCUCGCGGUUUAUCAACGGCAUUGGCACGGGUAUUUUAAACGCCAUCGUUCCUGUCUGGGCCACGGAGACCGCUGAGCACACUUCGCGUGGUCAAUUCAUUGCCAUUGAAUUUACUCUGAACAUUUUUGGUGUUGUCAUGGCUUACUGGCUAGAAUUUGGUCUGUCAUUCAUUGAUGGCGGCAAGUCGGCCUUCCAGUGGAGAUUCCCUAUCGCUUUCCAAAUCCUCUUCCUCCUUGUUCUUUUUGGAGUCGUCUGGUUUUUCCCCGAGUCCCCACGUUGGUUGGUCAGUGUCGGCCGCGAGGAGGAAGCCCGGUAUAUUCUUCAACGACUUCGUGGUAGCAGCCCCGAGGAUCGCGUCCGUGCCGAGGCCGAGUUCCUGGAUAUUCAGGCCAUCGCUGAGAUGGAGAAGACCGUAGUUCACGGUGGCGGACACUCUUAUCUUUCCAUGCUCUUUGGCUACAAGUCUGGAGAUCUUCACAUUGGUCGUCGCGUGCAACUGGUUGUCUGGUUGCAAAUCAUGCAAGAAUGGGUCGGUAUCGCUGGUGUCACCGUUUACGCGCCGACUAUCUUCAGCAUUGCUGGGUUCGACUCAAGGAAGAGUCAGUGGAUUAGUGGAUUGAACAAUGUGUUCUACAUGUUUGCUACUCUCGUCUGUGUUUUCACUUUGGAUCGCAUUGGUCGCCGCUGGACGCUAUACUGGGGCUCGAUAGUACAGGGUAUCGCCAUGUUCCUCGCCGGUGGAUUCUCACGCCUCGCCAUAAAUGCCAAAGACGAUGGUGACAUGGGCCAAGCGUCAUCAUAUGGUGCAGCAGCAGCCUCCAUGAUCUUCAUUUUCACCUCGACUUUCGGAGCUACCUGGUUGACCGUGCCCUGGGUGUACCCGGCUGAGAUCUUCCCUCUGGCUGUUCGUGCUCGUGGAAAUGCCUGGGGUGUUGUUGGUUGGAGCAUUGGAAACGGAUGGCUGACCCUUCUGUGUCCCGUCAUGUUCGGAGCCAUCGGUGAAAAGACUCUUUAUGUAUUUGCCGCCAGCAACGUCAUCACGAUCCCCAUGGUGUGGGCUUUAUAUCCGGAGAGUAGCCAGCGUACUCUGGAAGAUAUGGAUCUUCUGUUUGCUUCUCCAAGCCCAUGGGCCUGGGAGGCUGAAAAGACCUUUGCUCGCCUCAAGGCUGAGAACCCUGGUAUGGUCCAAGCUAUCAGCCGCAAGAACAGUGUUCUGGACCCAGAGGCGGGCAAGUCAUUCGAGAUUGCGAAGGCGGAGGAGAAUGCUACUAGUGCUGCGGAGCACGUUGAUCACGCUUGA